CUCCGUUUUCAAAUUUGUAACGGACUUUCGUGUACGACUGUGUGAUAUUCAUCAUACAGUCGUACUGUCAAAUCAUAACGAGUGACAUUUUUCAAACGCCACUUGCGACAUCUUGGCUUGCUCGUUGUUGUUUGACACUUACUUGUUUUUUGGAUUACGUCCUAACAACAACGAGCUUUCUCAGCAACAUUUUAAAAAGGUAAGAAUAUUGUUCUACAACAAUAUUCAAUUAAAUAAAACUAUCCAAUAUUUCUAUUGGACAAAAUACUAAAAAUUGUUUGUUUCUUUUCCUAUAUUUUUUGGUGCUAUUUCCACUUUUCCCCUUUGCUACGCAAACAUUUGGUCCAUUGCGAGCCGGAUAAGUGCAACAAGAAAUAAUAAGGAAUUCUGCUCUUUUUCUCCAAAAGGUUUGACUACGUCAACUGGCAGAACAAAACAACAACAUUUCCUCAUCACAAACAUCAACAAAAAUAACAAGCAGCAUGGAAAAUCAAAACAAGAUGGUCGCUACUCUUCCUGACUAUGAGGAAGAUGUCCCCAUGUCGGAUGAGGAAAGAGAUGUCGAUGAUAUGGUUUUGGUUCCCCUUACGGAUAUUGAACUUGCUUCCAAUUGUUGCACUGGUACCAAUGUUGAUGCUGCCGCUACUCACAAUGAGCCUGCUCUCGCACCUUGUGCUGCUGUUAUUCAGCCUGAGACAGCAAUGCAGCCUACGGCAGGGAUGUCUUCUGCGCCAACCACUCCUCGACGAGGAAUUACACCGGGUGGUUCAGAUAGACGCUCUGACGGCAAAGACCCAGUGGCGACGCCGAAAUCAACUGCGGGCUCAACGGGUUCCAGUAAGCGCCGCUGUAGUUGGUGUCACCAAAAACACCAUCUUCGGCAAUGCGGGCGUUUUAAGAGGCUCAGCUUGGAUAAGAAGAUCCGAACAGUGGUCAAGCACUUGUGCUGUUCCAAUUGUUUGGACUCGGACCACUUACUUCGUGAUUGCCGCAAAGAUCCAGGCUGCAAGCAAUGCAAGGGCAAGCAUCACAACCUGCUCCAUCCUUCUGCCCAACUUUCCCAACAAAAUAAUAAUAACAAUAAAAACAAUUAUAAUAAAGAUAAUAAUAAUAAUAAUAAAAAUGCAAAUAAUAAAAAUAACAAUAAUGAUAUUAAUAAAAAUAAUAUUAAUAAUAAUGGUCCGUCUACGUCUUCACGUAGCAACAAACGUCCGUCCGCACAAAGUACUCCGUCCGCUUUCUCGUCGCAUGUAACUACGUUACAUAGCAUGGCAAUCCAACCUAUUAUCACAAUAGGGCCAACUAUCGUCGCUCAAUUGGUUUCCCACACAAAAAUAAUACCAGUCCGAGCAAUGCUGGACCCAUGUGCAGGUAGUAGUCAAAUCUGCAAUUCGCUGGCCAGUGGCGACGCCGAAAUCAACUGCGGGCUCAACGGGUUCCAGUAA